GGGACCGGAAGUGUGCCUUUCUCUCACACGUUUAGGACUGAAGGCCAGAAGUUGAUCUAGAGAUAUCGGUUCCGAACGGAUUUAAGGGCGAUAGCCGACCUGGAAUGGCCUUGUUGUCUCUGAAAGAAUUCUUAGGUGGACGGUAGGUGUCCGGAGUCGGUUAAGAAGCUGGCAGUGAGGUGCGGAGUUCGGAUCCCGGAGGUUUCUCCACGUCGGGUGGCUCGGUCUCUUUCGAAGAACAUGGCGGACUCGAAGCUGCUGGUGCCCGAGCUAAGCGAGGCCGAGCCCUUGGGCCCGGAGACGGUGCGGUUCGAGGAGCUACUGUUGCAGGCUUCCAAGGAGCUCCAGCAAGCUCAGUCGAGCAGACCAGAGUCAACACCGAUCCAACCACAGCCAGGUUUCUGCAUAAAGACCAACUCUUCGGAUGGGAAGGUGUUCAUCAACAUCUGCCACUCGCCCUCCAUCCCUCCCCCGGCCGAUGUGACGGAGGAUGAGCUGCUGCGCAUGCUGGAGGAGGACCAGUCGGGCUUCCGCAUCCCGAUGAGCCUGGGGGAGCCUCAUGCUGAACUGGAUGCAAAAGGCCAGGGCUGCACUGCUUAUGACGUGGCUGUGAACAGCGACUUCUACUGGAGGAUACAGAACAGCGAUUUCUUGCGGGAACUGGUGAUCACCAUUUCCAGGGAAGGCUUGGAGGACAAAUAUAACUUGCAACUAAAUCCGGAAUGGCGCAUAUUGAAGAACCGGCCUUUCCUGGGCUCGAUUCCCCAGCAGAACAUCCGUUCUCAGCAGCGUCCUCGAAUCCAGGAGCUAGAGAGUCCACCCACGCCAGGCCACCGGGCUGCUGAGACCAGGCCGGAGAGGCCUCAGCUGAGCCUUUGGCUGGAGAGCCCUGACCUCCUCUUGGCUGAAAUUGACCUCCCCAAGCUGGACGGGGCCAUGGGGCUGUCGCUGGAGCUUGGAGAGAACCGCCUGGUGAUGGGGGGCCCCCAGCACCUGUACCACCUGGAUGCCGGCAUCCCCCUUCGGAUCAUCGCAGACAAGAGCAAGGCUGCCUUCCACCGGAAGAGGAAGCAGUUGCUGGUGGCGAUGCCCCUCUGGUCGGUGGCGUCUUGACCUCGAGAUCUCCCCAUGCGGGUGCGAGCGGAGCAGGCGAGGCUGGACGCCCCUCCAAAAAGAAUAGGAAUAAAAGAUGGUUGCGCUUGGG